GGGCGGGACUGGAGUGGGUGUGAAUUUCGUGUUUCUGUUGGGUUAAAGAGUAUUUCUGCUGCUCGUGUGAUGCAGUGCAGGAGAUAUCGCUAGGUCAGAGAGCAGUUUCACAGCAGCCCAGGCGAUGAACCUCAUAGACAGGCUGCAGGACCCCCAGCUGGUGGCAGACUUCCAGCACCUCUUUGGCGUGCGCAGGAAGAACAGAGAGAGGGACGUGAGAAGGGACGCUGCAGAAAGGCAAGAGGCAGCCGGAUCGAGUAGCGAGAACCUCCUCGGCCGCUACCUGGGGGAGCAGAAGCGCCAGAAUGGGGUGGCGUCUCGGCGCAGUUGCCAGCACCUUGCUGUUCCCGAUGCCCAUCACAAGACACACUUCCGCCAGGGCUCGACUGCAAGCAUCGCAAGCGACUGCAGCACAGGAAGCGGCCGUUCGUUGAUGGAGAGGCUGCUCGGGGAGAACACCGGAGGGACGGAGGGCAGCAUGGGAGAAGAGGAGGAGGGGGGGGACAACGGCCAGACGCAGGUGGAGGGACAGGAUUUUGAGAUCAACAACAGGUUUUGGUACCACCUGUUCUCGCUGGCCACGGCCCUGGGGGGUGAGCUCUUCUACUCUAUCUUCUUCUGCUUCUGGGCCUGGAACGUGGAUGGGGCUGUGUUGCGCAGGGUCAUUGUCAUAUGGAUGAUCACCAUGUAUAUCGGACAAGCACUCAAGGACAUCCUGAAGGUCCCCCGGCCUGCCUGCCCCCCUGUGGUGAGGCUGGACCCCAAGUGGGCUCUGGAGUACGGCCUCCCGUCCACACACGCCAUGGUGGGGGCUGCCAUGCCCUUCUCCAUCCUCAUCCUCACUCUCAACCGGUACCAGCUGGACUGGGGUUGGGGCCUCGCCAUCGCCACAACCUGGUGCCUCCUCGUGUGCCUCUCCCGGCUGUAUCUCGGCAUGCACAGUGUGCUGCAUGCACUUACAUGA